AUGCAGAACCUCAAGUUCCUCAUCGCCGCCGUCAGCUGCCUCGGGCCGGCCCUUGCAGCUCCGACUCCUACCAGCAACUUUAUCAACAGCAACUUCAACAAGCGUGCUUCCGUUGAAGAUUCCGCCUUUGGCUAUGCCAGCCUGAACGGCGGUACUACCGGCGGUGCCGGCGGUACCACAACCACCGUCUCCUCUUACGCCGAGUUCACUGCCGCCGUCCAAGGCGACGACCCCAAAAUCGUCAUCGUCAGCGGUCCCAUCGAGGAGACCGCCGAACAGGUCGAUGUCGGCUCUAACACCUCUAUCCUUGGUGCCGACUCUUCCGCCGUCCUGACCGGUUUCGGUCUCCGCCUCAAGGAGGUCGAGAACGUUAUUAUCCGCAACCUCGGUAUCGCGAAGGUCUUGGCCGACAACGGCGACGCCAUCGGUGCUGAAUACUCCAACAACAUCUGGAUCGACCACGUCGACGUCUCCAGUGACCGUGACCACGACAAGGACUACUACGACGGUCUCCUUGACUUCAAGCGCGGCUCUGACUACAUCACCGUCUCUAACUCCUUUAUUCACGACCACUGGAAGGCUUCGCUCGUCGGCCACAGCAACAGCAACGAAGACGAGGACUCUGGAAAGCUCCACGUUACCUACGCUAACAACUACUGGUACAACCUGAACUCCCGCGCUCCGUCAAUCCGCUUCGGUACCGGCCACAUCUACAACAACUACUACGAAACUGUGAGCGACGGCAUCAACACCCGUAUCGGUGCCCAGGUUCUCGUCGAGGGUAACGUCUUCGUCGACAGCAAGAAGGCCCUCUACUCGACUGACGAAGGAUACGCCGUCGAGCGCAACAACGACUUUGGUGAUGCCAAGAACGAGGCCCUUGAGGGAACCCUUACCUCCGUUGAAUACGAGUACGACCUCCUUGAUACCUCUGAGGUCAAGAGCGCUGUUGUUGGAACUGCUGGUCAGACCCUUACUUUCUAA